AUGAAGGUACAGAUUCUGUGUGCAGUAGUAGGACUAUUCUUAACAGGGAAGUGCCAUGAUAGUGUGUACAUGGGAGUGGACAGUUCUGUAUUCGUGCCAUGCGUAAAUACGUUUGACAGUUCAUUCAUUACCUCUGGGAAUACAGCUGGUAAGAAGAUUGAAAAAGAAAAAACAAUAAUUAUCGACUAUUCUGGGGCAAAAACCGAUGGAAAUCAGCCUAUUAAGAGUAUAACCAAGGGAAUAUACUUUCCUCAAGUGAUUGCAUCAGAGGACAUGAAAAUAGCAUGUUUUAUAAACAAAAAUGUAAAGAUAUCACCAGAAACUGAUGCAAGAACAGUGAAAGUUGAUGAUCUGUACACAGAGGUACCAGAUAUAGCCGUAUACAAGGCGUAUCUUAAUAAGGCCCUCAAGAAAUACCGUAAGAACAGGACAGUUCUGAGCCUGGGAAUGACAACCAGAGGAUACUUCAGUCCAGAGACACAAAAAACACUUUUGCAUGCAAUGAAGGAAGUAGCUCCCAUUGCACAGAUACAACUACUUACAGAUGGAAUGGCACAGGCAGUAGACCGAAUUCUAAGCUCAAAAAGAAAGACAGGCCAUAUUGUGACAUAUACCAUGAGGGGAAGUAAAAUGGCAGCAGAAAUAUUCUACUUCAAGAAGGAUGAUGAUGUAAAGAAGGGAAGUGAGAUAUUCCUCUUAAAUCAAGAGAUAUUUGAAGGAUACUCUGACUUUGCAGUUAUAACCCUUAUUUAUAAUUAUAUUCUUGGUGAAAUUAAGAAGCUUAUUAAUGAAAAGUAUCCUGCCCUGCAGUAUGACCUGGUUGGAACACCCUGCCUGUCAUUCUCACAGGAUGCACUGCCUGCAGAUGAAAAGGAUGCAAUUCAAGUGGCAGAGCCAGAAAAGACCUUUUCUGUUGAAAUAUUACCACUAAUUGAUCUCGCACUGCAAAGUAUCUGGAAGAUACGGGUAAAGGCAGACCAAGGGAGUGACUUAGUUAUAGAUAACCUAGAUGAAGUACAGUACAUCAGGACACUUUCAAUUACACUUCUUGAAAAGUCAGAAGAUGGAAAGAGUCUUGUACUGCUGCCACAUGCACAGAAGGAACAGAUAGAAAUAGACUUAAUCCCAUUGCACCACACUUUAAUGGAGUACGUUAAGGAGACAAAAGGGUUCAUUGGUAAAAUGAUAGAGAAAACAGAAGAAACCCUGAAAAAUAUGCAGAACCAGACAGAAAAUAAAGAGAAUGCGGAAAAUGAAGAGAUGCAUAGAGAUGUAUCGAUAUAUAAUGACAUAUUCAAUCCCCAGGAGUACUUGAAUAUGAUGCAUUCAUUGAAUAUCUCGGAUGCAUUCACCCCCAGCAAGUCAGACCUGGCAAGUGCUCCUUUGCACAUGAAGCGCACGAAUAUCACGAUCAGGGACAAGCAAGAAAGAGCUAAAUAUCAGGUAGAGUACAGCAGCACCAGUAUAGGAGACUCCUUCCGGCUGUACUCUCUGAAUGGCGAGUUAAAGAAAUGGACAUUUUACACGACUGCUUUAAACCAUGAGAUGGAAAUAAAGGAAACCCUUCACUCCCUUAUCACAGGAUCAGUGGAGACUGAAGAGUAUAAAAACUUAGUCAAAAAAUACGGUAAAGCCAGAAUAGCCUCACUGCAAGAGACAGUCAACUUAAUCUGCAAUGGAAGAUCCUUAAAGGAAGUCACGCACUCCAAGGACUACCCAGAAAUUGCCAAGAAUUACCAGAAAAUGGUCUCUGACGCAGAAAAGGAGCUUUUCUUGAAUAAGGAAAUUGAAACCCUUCAGAAGAAUCUGCCAUCCUUGAUAAAGAAGGCCCUGGGGUUGGUAAAGAAAAGACAGGAGACAAUUCCAGAGCCAUGCGAUAAUCUUGUCUCGUUCCUGGCAAGGAAUAAAGUUGUAGGAAAUGAAGUGCAGAUGGAAGAGGCGUACUCCAUGGACAUGCCACUUAAUAAGAAGGCAGAGCUAAAGAGACGGCUUAAAACCAUUGAAGACGGAGUUAAUUACAGAAAGUACAUGAUUGAAACAGAAUACACACAGCAUCUGGAGGCACAGGAGAAGAUGAAGGCAGAACAAAAGAAGGCAGAAGAAAUGCAAAAAGAAGAAGAGAAGAAAGAAGCUGAAACUCUCUUCCCAGAGCAAACAAAAGAAGAAUCUGAAGGUGCACCACUUAAAUCUGAUGGCGCAACUGAAUCUGAAGAGGUUAUUAGUGAAAUAGGCAAGAAAGAAGAAGAAACAGGAAAGACCGCCGCAUUCGAUGAACUCCCAAUUCUAAAAGAGAUUCUAUAA